UCAAUGACUUGACUUCCUCUUUUGGCACGGCUGUGUGCUUGGAACACAGAAAUUGACCGCUGCUCGUCAGUUUCCCAGCAGUCACGUUAGAAACGGUAUAGCAGGCACACUGGAUUCUAGCUGCUCCGGCUCUCAGCCAACAAGAUGAGUACAGGGGAUGUUGUAUGCACUGGCUGGCUCAUCAAAUCUCCCCCUGAAAAGAAACUAAAGAGAUAUGCCUGGAGGAAACGCUGGUUCGUGCUGCGUCGGGGUCGCAUGAGCGGGGACCCGGACGUGCUGGAGUACUUCCGCAGCAAGAGCUCCAAAAAGCCCAUCCGCACCAUUGACCUGAAGGAGUGCCAGGUGGAAAUGCACACGGAGGUGCGGCUCGUCAGGCGCGAGUUUCAGGACCAGCACCUCUUCGUGGUGAAGACCUCCUCUCGUGUCUUCUACCUCGUGGCCAAGACCGAGGAGGAGAUGAACAGCUGGGUGAACAACAUCGGCCAAAUCUGUCACUUCGGACCUCUGGAUGAUGAGACAGAGUCAGUGGACAGCUUUUUUCACACCCCUCCCUCUCCGCCAGUCACCCCUCGAGCCUCCCGCGUCUCUAGCCAAGACCUGACGCCCGACGGCAACACUACGGAGGAGAGUCGCAGCGAGUCCGAGUCCAGCCUGCCCCUGGACUACCUCUUCCUCUCGCAGUGCGAAACGGGAAAGGUCAGCGUGACCAGGUGCAACAGCUGUUCGAACUCGGAGAGGUCCCUCGAGCAGACCUCCGCAGACUACACCUCGGAGGACAUCUUCCCCUCCCCGCUCUGCUCCCACCCCGUCUUCUCCCCAUUCCUGCCCCCCGGGGCAUCGGAGCUGCCUCUGAGCGCCCCCUGCGCCUCCACGCCCCUGGAGAGGCUGAGCGGCUUCUCCUCCCCCACCUCCUCCCCGCUCGCCCCCUGCCCCUCUGCCGACGUUUUCCAGUUUGACCGGCUCUUCUCCGGCCCGGUCCUGGAGGCCGGCGUCAACGUGCGCAGUCCCCCGCCCCGGCCCCCAAAGCCCGGCCGGUUCUCAGAUCGUCGUCCCAGCGAGGGGGCCUUCGCAGGGCAGCCUGGGUCCAUCCCCCGCAGGGUCUCGCUGUCAGGCCUCGACCAUGUCAGGAGAGGGGAGUUUGAGAACGGUUCAGGUCGAAGCUGGAACAAAAGGCUCAGUCUUAAUUUGCCUCGUCCUGCCACUGUUCAGAGCCCGAGCUCCGACUCCUACGAAGACUCCUACGUCCCCAUGAGCUCCGGGGCUACGACUCCUGCCCUCUCUCCCGACACCACGUCCGACGGAUACAUCCCCAUGAGCCCCACCUCCGCUAAGCUCCUCCUGCCUGAAGGAGCCGAGACAGCCGCGCCCCCCGCCCCACCGCGAGGCCUGCCCAUCGACCUGGAGCCACCGCCAGUCAACCGGGAUCUCAAGCCCCGCAGGAGAGCUAGGCCCCCGCCUCUGGACUUGAGGGGUCUGUCCACCAUCCGGGAAUGCCCCACCCACAUACCGCUGACCAGGACCUUUACGGAGCCCGGCAAAGCAAGUCUGUGUUUCCCGCUGGACAGAAGACGCACACUGGGAGGCGUUCCAGGAGAUCAGGAGGACAGCAGCAUUCUAACAGACACCAGGCAGCUGUUCUUCUCUGCGAACGGUAGCGGCGCUUUUCCCUGGCUCCGGAGAUCAAACCUUGACUACCUUUCUCUGGACUUCAACUCCGCGUCCCCCUCACCUGUGCAGAAGAAGGCGUUUCUCAGUGAUGAACAUCGGGUGGACUACGUGCAAGUGGACCAGAAGAAGACCCAGGCUCUGCAGAACACUAAGAUGGAGUGGACAGAUGUGCGUCAAUCCAAAGUGUAGACUCAUGCUGGGAUGCGUAUCACCAACACCAAAUGGCAUAGUCCACUACGAAGCUCCAUGUACGACUGUAUUUCAACCUUUGCGGCAGAGAGAACCCAUUCAUUCUUUACCAUGGUCAAAAUGAUUCUGUACGAGACAGUGUCACACUGCCCUGAACACACAUACAGUAUCAACGAAGCAUUUGAGGACAAUUGAGUCUGUUACACUAAAAGCCAUAUCACUCAAAACAGCAUGAACAUUGCCAGGUGCAUUAAAAAAAAAAACAUUUUUUAUAAAAUAAUUAUUGUAGCCUGGGAUGGUUAUUGUAAAUGAUUUUUGAUUGUUAAGAGUUACAUUUCUGUUAUGCCAGAGGAGAGUUUUACAUUGAUGUAAAUGCAGUGUGAGGAUUCCAUACUGUAGAUGUCACAUUGCCAAUUCACUUCAUAACGAACCAUGAUUUGUGGUUAUUGCAAUAUAUAAUUUCUUUAAACCGAAUUUGAAUGACGCCUUGGCGGUAAUUGUUUCUGAAAAUUGGAGAAUGUAAGAUUUUGAGCUUCGGCCAAAUCCGUCUGUGGCUCAGCUGCUGCUCGAUCAGCUUCACUCGAUAUAAUCCAAUCUCCUUUAUGCCUUCGUGGGCGACGGGGCUGCCAGAAAUUAAAAGAUUAGAUUAAUGUACUUAAACUGUGGUGAAACGGUUCACUGUGGAUUCCCUCCCCCCAAACACACGCGGGGGGAAACACAAAUCAGUUCCCCCUGUGAAAAAUCACCAUUUCAAGCACCGUGUUUAGGGAAUGGCAUCGCUACCGACAUUUUACGGCGCAGCCGGAAGAGAAAUAAAUGCCAAGACCUGCACAGAAUUGCAUCAUGCCAAAUGUAAAGUGUACAUUGUGUUUUACUACUUUUGUUCACCACUCAGCGUUUUGGUCAUUCCACUUGUAAAAAUUACGAGCUGAAUAUUCAGUUAAAUGUGUUUUGCUGCAGUUUGCUCAUUUAAUAGGAGAGACCCCCCUCUGUGCUGCUACAGAUUCUCACACACGAUUCAAAUUGGACCCCUUUGCUUGUUUAAUCAAAAAUAAACAAAUGAAAUUCAUAAAGAAAGCAGGCUCUAUUUUCCCCCAGACCUUUAAUUCUGGGUUAUGUAUGUUAUAUGUAACUAUUUUACCAGCAGCAUGGAAUUUCUGCCACAUGAAUAACUGUGCUUCCAUCAACCAAAAAUGUUUGCACACAUACUGAUGAAUCAUGUUAUAAGAGGUUACACAAACUACUACAGUCACAAGAUACAGUUUUGUCUUUCUUAUGACUGUAUCUUGUACACACAGAGCUAACUGGUUUAAGUCCAUACUGCUGAAACAGGAUGAUAACAACAGGAUUGUGGUACAACCUUUGGUAUUUUCAGGGUAUUCAAAAUGGCUACCCAUGCUGUCACUGGUGGCGUUGUUAAAUCUGCAAACUGACAUACAAAUUAGUGCAUUAAGUCACCUGUAUGGAAAUUUGCAUUAUUGUGGAUCAGCAUCAAUUGAUAUUAUAUUGUACAGUAAAAACAAAAACUUUCCAGAAAGGAAGGGUGAUCAUUCUAACCACAUGGAAACUGAAGAAGGAAUCAUCCAAAUCGCAUUGUCCCAUCUGUAUGGCGGACAUAUUUGUUUUCAGGGUACUUCAUUUAAUUAACUGUGAUUCGCUGGAGCCACGAACAGCAGCACUCCGUUCCCAACCCUUCUGGUGCCAAAGGGGUUAUCAUGACAGCUGUGCUUCCUAAAUGUGUCCAACUUUAUUUCAUUAUUUGACUGAGUAGUGGGAAGUCUGUGCCUAUUAUUUUUAACUGACCCACUAAAGUAGUAGUUUGGGAAGGCUUGCAGUUUUUUGUUAUUUAUUCAUAUUUCAUGUUUUAAAGACUCAUAAAACAGAAUGUAUUUUAUAUGUGACUAACCGGAAUGUCAUUGCCCUCUGUGCAUUUGACUGGACAGUAAUUUCCACCCUGUCCCUGUUAUGUGGACUCCAUUUCUGUUGAUUGGGCACUGUAUCAGUUUGUCCAUUAAUUUUGUUACAAUACAAUGCGGAUCCAUUCUUACAAGCAUUGUGGCUGGAUAAUAAGAUUGCGAUCAUCUCAGGUGCUUUGUUUUAUGUUCUUGGCUCAGUGAUCUUCUCAGUAAUAAAAAUAUCUGAUAAA